AUGGAAUCUAACCCCUCAACCCACACGUCAAGUGGUCGACAACGACCCAGAGCUUCCAUUCAAAAGGCAACCGUGAUCAGAUAUGCCGAAGUGAACCCCAAGAAAACCAAUAACAAUAUCGACCAAGGGAUCCUCGACAAAAUUCAAAAAUGUCUGAGUCGUGCCAGACACGCAACCGCAAAUGAAGGAGAAGCAAAAGCCGCUCUGUUCCUGGCCCAGAGGCUGAUGGCCCAGUACAACGUCACGCAUGCAGAUCUGAUGGCCGAUGACAACGUCGCGGACAAAGCGCAGUAUGGCGGUCGGAGCGUGGUUUCCAUCCACAACGCCAUCGAUCGCACCAAGCGAGCCAUAAGGGAGACGUUUGUCAACAAAUUAGCCAGUGCAAUGUGUAUCCUUUACGAUUGCAAAUGCUAUUCAAUGGAUAGGCGAACCUCCAUUGAGUGGUCGUUUUUUGGCAUUGCGGCAAACACAGUCACGGCAGCAGGGGCCUUCGAAGCGGUGCAUAACAAGACGCUCCAAUGGGCAAGUGCGUACAAGGGAGGGACGCCAACUUUCAGUUAUCGCAUUGGCCUUGCGGAUGGACUGGUGAAUAUGGCGUAUCGGACCAAGAAGAGAGAGCUGGUUGAGGUUCGGCGAAAGGAACUGGACAUGAUUGCUGCCAGCGAUCGAGAAAAAGAAAGACAGCAAAAGAAGGAACUUGAUCGUAUUCGAAGGCCAGCGCCGUUCGGAGUCGACGAGGAUGAUUUCGCGGAGGGUGACCCUGAACCGGUCACUAUAUACCCCUCAGACUGCAUGGAUGUCGACGAGGUUGGGCAGGUCGGAGACGGGGGUGGAAGAGCCGAUUUCAACGAACGUGAUGUCGAUGUGAUAGAUCUAACAGGGGAUGUGGAAGACAAUUUGAAGAAAUUGAUCAAACGUGAACAACCUGACAGCUUGAAUAUGGACAAUGUGCUUCAACAUCCGGGAAAGCCUGAGCCUUCAGGUACGGCUAUCAAGGACGAGGAGUCCUCGGCUUCUCCGUGGGCCUCUGAGAUGCAGCUGGUCCGGUUCCGUGCCAUGUCCGAACAGAUUGCAGAUCGUUAUAUCAAGGAACGAAAUAUCAAGCUUCAGGUGAGAAAGUCUCGACCUGUGGCUGCUCGACAUUUUGACUCUUAUCGUCAAGGCUGGGAGGACAGCAGCAAGAUUGAUAUUCCAAUCCCUUCUACUGUGAAUUAA